GUGGCAUUAACGUGAGGUAAAGAAGGAAGAAAGAAGUCAAAGGAAAAAAGAAAAAAAAUAAUAAAAAUUAGUGGAAAUAAAGUGAAGAACAAGAUAGUCCAAGAGUGAGAAGCUUUAAUAGCUUGUGAUAAAUGGGAUAAUGGUCCCAAUGUAGAAAAACUCACGACGAUGAGUAAUGAAUAGCAUCGCCAAGUAGUUAAUCAAUAAACAACAAAAAAGAGUGAACAAGAAAGAUUUUUUUUUUCAUCAUAAGCCAAAAAUUUCUUCAGUUUUUUUCUUCUCUCCUCAAACGUUGUGGCUUGGAUGAUAAAUUUCGACAACAUCCGAUAAAUAUUUGAGCCAUAUCGAACGAAAAAAAAAAAAUUAUUGUCUUCAGCAUCAACAGCCGUGACAAAAUAUUUUCUUUGAUGUGGAUUCAUCAGAUGUAAAAUGACAAAUGAAAAUACACUCGACGCAGCCGAGUCCACGACAAAUUUAACUUCGCCAGCAAAAGGAAAAGUUCAGCAACUUAAUCAUAAUGAGGUGAAAAAUUGUGAUGAUUCAACAGCUGAUGGAUAUGAGACGUGGAAUGAUGAGAGGAAGGAAGAGAAAGAAAGUAAUCCUUUAAAUCCGAAUGGAUCAAAUGGCGAUAAAAAGGAUAAAGAUCGUGAAGAGCGAGCUUUAAUUGUCUCAUUGACGCAAGGACGACCUCGAGAGACAUGGGACCAAAAGGUUGAGUUUCUCCUUGCUGUCAUUGGAUUCGCUGUCGAUCUUGGAAAUGUGUGGCGGUUUCCUUAUAUUUGCUACCAAAAUGGAGGCGGUGCAUUCUUAAUUCCAUACGUGGUCAUGUUGCUGUUAGGAGGACUGCCACUCUUUUACAUGGAACUGGCUCUCGGACAAUUUCAUCGAUGUGGAUGUCUAUCAAUUUGGCCUCGUAUUUGUCCAGCAUUAAAAGGUGUUGGAAUGGCAAUUUGUAUCAUCGACAUAUAUAUGGGAAUGUACUACAAUACGAUUAUUGGCUGGGCAGUUUACUACUUCUUUGCCUCAUUCACAACGGAACUACCAUGGAAUAAAUGCGGGAAUGAAUGGAAUACUCCAUCAUGUCUGUCUGUUAACAUCACAACGAACUUAACCAACACAUCGAGUCCUGCUCGAGAAUAUUUUGAACGAAAUGUUCUUGAGCAGUAUAAAUCUGAUGGACUAGAAUAUAUGGGUCCGAUUAAACCAUCACUUGCAUUAUGUGUAUUUGGAGUUUUUGUACUUGUAUACUUUUCAUUAUGGAAGGGGGUUAAGAGUUCUGGAAAGGCUGUAUGGGUUACAGCUCUUGCACCAUAUUUCGUCCUUGUUGUUCUGUUAAUACGCGGUGUUACCUUGGAUGGUGCAGAUGAAGGAAUCCGCUACUAUUUAACACCAGAAUGGGAGAAACUGAAAAACACAAAAGUUUGGAUUGAUGCAGCAAGUCAAAUUUUCUUCUCACUGGGUCCAGGAUUUGGUACAUUAUUGGCUUUAUCUAGUUACAACAAGUUCAACAAUAACUGUUAUCGUGAUGCGCUGCUGACUAGUUCCAUAAAUUGUCUUACAAGCUUCCUUGCUGGUUUUGUUAUUUUUUCGGUAAUAGGAUAUAUGGCAAAGAUUCAAAAUGUCGAUAUAGAUAAGGUCGGAUUGGAAGGUCCUGGACUUGUUUUCAUAGUUUAUCCCGAAGCUAUAAGUCUAAUGGGAGGCAGCACAUUCUUCUCAAUUAUUUUCUUCCUAAUGUUAAUAACCCUUGGUCUAGACUCAACAUUUGGUGGCCUCGAAGCUAUGAUAACUGCAUUAUGUGACGAAUUUCCCGAUACAAUAGGAAAACGUCGCAAACUUUUCGUCCUAGUUCUUCUUGCAUUUAUUUAUAUCUGCGCUCUACCGACAAUGACAUAUGGUGGCGUUUAUUUGGUCAAUUUUUUGAAUGUCUAUGGGCCAGGUCUUGCGAUUUUAUUCGUCGUCUUUGUUGAGUCUGCUGGAGUCUUUUGGUUUUAUGGAGUUGACAAAUUUUCUGCUGAUAUCGAGCAAAUGCUUGGAAAAAAGCCGUCAUUAUAUUGGAGAGUUUGCUGGCGUUAUGUAUCACCAACUUUUCUUUUUGUAAUUUUGAUAUUUUCAAUCAUAAAUUCAGGAAAUAUGUUAGGGGAAGAAUAUGCAUAUCCAGACUGGGCAUUUCCCUUAGGAUGGGUUCUAACACUUUCAUCUGUGAUUUGUAUCCCACUUUAUAUGAUUUACAAGUUUGACAAGACCCGAGGAAGUUUUAAGAGGAAAAUAAGAACAAUGUUCAAGCCAGAGCCUCUUGUACCCAUGACUGGUCAAAUAAGCACAAUGAUCAGCACCGUUUGACAAGGCAUACAAUCAAGUCAGAAUCCAACAGUAUAGGACCAUCAACAGCAACAUCACAAAAUUGUUAUCUAAAACAAGAUAAUUUAACAAUUUGGUAAAGAAAGUUCCCAACAACAUUAGAUGCUAACAAAUUUUUAGAGUUAAAAUUUAACAGGAAAAACUAGAAUUUUUGCUAUAUGAAUGUUAAGAAUUAAGAGAGAUUGUUCCUAAUAUGCGAAUGUUAAAUUUGCUAUUUUGAAAUGGACGAGAUGAAAAGUUUUAUUUUAGAUGAGAAACAAAAAAAAAAUGGAAAGAAUCUAUUUAUUCUAGUCAUAAACUGUUGUCAAUGUUGCAAAAUGAUUUUCUAGAAAAAAUUUAAGUAAAACAUUCCAUUUUCAUAUUGAAAGCUUCAAAAUUAAGGAAGAAAGUCCCUCGUACAACGCAAAAAGUAAAGGAUAUGAUAUUGAACCAACACUGCAUACUAUAAAAUAUUAAUUAAUCCAUCAAAUGUUUCUAUUUAAAGUGCUUUUUGCAUUCAAAUUAAAUUAUUAUUGAUAAAAUUUCGUAUUAAUUGGAAGUAUAUGAAUCAUAUUACUCAGAUUAGGAUAAAAUAUACAUUUAUACAACAUUAAUUAAACUGCUAUGAGAAUACAAUAAGAAAUUAUGGACGUUCUGGGGUUGCUGAAUGUUAUUUAAAUCUUGUUUGAGGUAUUUUUUUGACAAUCAGAAUAUCAAAUCGUGAAUUAGCACAAAAUCAAUAGUCCAAUUUAAAGCAUUUGAUCAAAAUUAAGCCAAAAUAAAUUAUCUAUUGGAUCUUAUAUCCAGGAAACAAUUAAAUCUACUAGACUUCAGCAACCUUGAGAUAAUGAAUCAGAAAUUAAUUCCCAAAAUCAAAGAAUUAUUACGCUACUGUAGGUAAAAAGGCUGGGAACAAAUGGCAGCAUGGAGAAGAUUUCGAUGACAGCCAUAUCGAAAGAUUUUCAUAAGCCAUUUCAGGAACGAAUAAUAAACAUUAUGGAAUGUUAAAUUCUAAGCAGACUUGAGCAAUUAACGAAUUUCAUCGCAGCUAUAUGAUUUUCAAGUUGUUCAAGGCAUGCGAGGAAGUUAUUGUUUUUCGGAUACAUUAUUUGUUAUUAUUGUGUCUAUGUUCAAUUUGUUCAAAUGCUUUCAAUGCAUUUUUUCACAGCCAUAAAAACUGCAUUGAAGGCACAAAUGUCAUUUAU